AUUCAUGUUUAACUUUAACCCCCACAUUUCUUGCUCAUCAUCUCACUUUGUCUGACAUUUUUUCUCAGACUUAUAUUAGCUGCCCUUUGAUCCCCCCCCCCCCCCCCCCCCUUUUUUUUUUCCUUUUCUUGAAUCCAUUGAUACAAAACUUCUAGCUCUAUUUUUUGUGACAAUGGGUACAUCUGUGCAAUGUAGGCCACAAGAAAGGACAUUAGGAAUGGUGAUGAAGGAAGUAGAUGAAGACCUUGCAAUGUUUCUUGAAAUUCGUCGUAAUGAAAAGGACAUGAAUAACUCUGAGGAAUUGGAUCAGCAAUUAGGCUCAGAGGUUGACUUCUCUUUGUUAUCAAACGGGACAUCAACAAAGCCUGCUAAUCAAGAUUAUCUUUUAAACUCUGAGAAUGACAAGGAUGACUAUGAUUGGCUCCUCUCAAAUCCAUUGCCAGAGGUGGAAGAACAGAAUAAUCCGGAAUACCAGAUUGUGACGAAUUCUAAUUCAACAGCUCAAGAUUUUAAAAUUGAGAUAGAUUCAAGGACAACUGCUCCAGAACCUAAACUAAGCAUUGAGCAGGAUAUAGCUCAGUCUGCAAACUCAUCCGAUGGGCUCUCUUCAAAGAUUAAUUCAACGGGACAGCCAGUUAUAUCCAGAAGCAAAAAUGCUUCUGCUGGAACUGGAAGGCCUUCAUCGGCAGGUGGGAAAAAGGCAACUUCCACAAGGUCAGCAACGCCUAAUGGACGUCCUCGUAGUUCUGGAUCCAAGCCCUCAAGAGCUUCUACUCCUACUUCAAGAUCGACAUUGCCUUCUGUUAAGCCGGUUGCUUCCGCAGCAAGAUCCUCGACUCCGACCAGAGCUGCUCCACGCUCUUCUACCCCAACCGGUAGACCCUCCAAACCAGUAGCUUCCAAGUCAGCGUCCAGGUCAGCAACACCAACUCGUAGACCAUCAGCUGCAUCGUCCAUUCCUAUUGUAUCGGUUUCUGGGGCUCGAUCAUCUUCAUCGACAAAAACGAGUACCACAACAUUGAAAAAAUCUGCACCAACUCGGGGUACCACUCCAACUGUGAAAUCUAGGCCAUUGAAACCGUUGGAGACACCAAGUCUUUCACGUGAUUCUUCUAUCAAUUCUAAGACAUUGGUGCGUAAAAGGCCUGCAUCUGCGUCGAGGGGAAGACCAACUGCACCUGCUGCUCGACCCUCUACCACUAAUGGAAAACCCAGACGGAAAUCAUGUUCUCCUACUAGAGGACGAGCAACAACUGGUACUAUUUUGAGCAAUGCAACCGCACUACUUUCCAAGAGUAGGGGAUAUGGUAUUGAGAAAGAUGAUGUGAACCCCGUGUUGAUGGGCACACAAAUGGUUGAAAGGGUAGUAAACAUGAGGAAAUUAGCUCCCCCCAAGCAAGACGAUAAUAUAUCUCAUGAAAAUCCCUCCAAGAAAUCUUUGUCCCGAGAAAAUUCAGGCUUUGGAAGAUCAUUCUCCAAAAAGUCUUUGGAUAUGGCUCUACGGCACAUGGAUAUAAGGCGAAGUGUUAACGGAACCUUACGCCCAGUUCUGACACGGGUCUCUGCUUCUUCAACAAACGGUAUCCGGUCUAGCUCCACAAAGAAUAAGACAGGUAGUGUUUCUGACUCGCCACUUGCCACGAGCAGCAAUGCUAGUUCCGAGCCCAGUAUCAGCAAUAGUUGUCAUAGUUUAAAUUGGAGCGAACCGGAAGAUGAUAACUUUGGCCGUGAGAGAGAAUUAUCCUUCCCUACUACCCAGCAGCAUCUGGAGCAGUAACUUAUAGGACUUCAUAUGAUAUUUAUUCUUGCUGUGUGCUUUGAUUAUUUAAUCUUGUUGUCUUUAAAACUCCUAUAUUCAAAUAUUGCAUCUGGAUUUAUUUUUCAGGGAUCCUUUGCAAUAGUAGUGGCAUUUCUUGUGCUCUGUACUUCUUGACUAGCAGAGAAGAAACUUUUCUUGUAAUUAUAUUGAAAGAACUUGAAUUAGAUUGGUAUUAAUGUUACACUUCAGAUCCAUGAA